CGCUCAACUCAAGACAUGCAAGAUGACGCUCCCCGCGGAUGUAAAAUUGCAGCUUGAACAAGCUGUGCUUGCCGGUAAAGAAUUCCACAAGUUGUACUAUGAAAAGUUUGACAAGAGAAGAAAUUUGUUAAACAAGCUGUACAUGGAUUCAGCUACAAUGGUUUGGAACGGCAACCCAUUGCAGGGCUCAGAAGCUAUCCUGAAGUUUCUUGAUCAAUUACCCACCAGCGACCACACCAUUGACACCCUGGACUGCCAACCGAUACCAGCUGUGGUCACACAAGGUCAAACGUCACUGAUGGUCAUUGUCGGUGGACGGGUCAAAUUUGAAGGGACAAAAGAGACCUUCAGUUUCACGGAAAACUUCAUGCUGACGACGCAAGGCGGCGUCUGGAAGAUUGCCAGCGAUUGCUUCAGAUACCAGGAAUGAAGGGAUUAUCGAGAUGCCUCUGGAUGUGAACAUCAGAGGGCGCCAGACUCUUAGCAUGUGGAAUAAAUACGUCAGGUGUAAACAAGUGCCCACCUCAAACAGAAAUGGACAAGAUUCAAAAUCUAUAUUCCAGAGCCAAACUAAGAACCGAGGAAGCACACGGCGCGUGGAUUUGAUCUGAGCUUGAGGGCGCCAAACUAUUACUGGAGAUCAAGCAUAUGCACGACCUGCAUGCUUGCAAAAUGUCAGGGUCUUUAGUACAGCCUGUAUUUCCCAAAUGCACGUAUUGAUGUUUGCACAUGUUAGAGGCUUUGAAUUCAGCAACUGAGGUACGUGUUGUCACAAGUGGUGACCACUUGACACCAUGAAAAUGUUCCGGCACAUAGUUUUACAAUUUUUUUUCCAAACAUUAUUUAGUUUAUUGUUUCAAGAAAUACAAAGCAAAAAGUAAAGAAAUCUUAAAGAUUGGUUACAUUCCUUGUUCUAAAAAGCUACACAUGUGGUGAAAUGUUUUUGGUUUUUUUGUUUCAAUACACAAAUGGUUAUACAUGCAACAUGGUCGCAAUUUGUUUUUUAAAGAAUGCGGUAAGGAAAUGACAAUUUACAUUUGAAGGUGGUAAAAGAUGUUGGGAUAUAAUAUGACCACAAUGCACCUCUCUUGAUUUUUUAUCAAAUCGAUAUGAAAUCGCAGAAUGAAUGUAACACAUACAAAGUUAGAAUUCUAUUUCAAUUUAUCUGAGUAAAUAUUGGGGGGAAAAGAAAAUUCUGUAAAGCACAUUCACCUUUCCAAUUAUUUUGAUAGAAUUAUCCCAAGUGCAUUAUUUUUAAUUUCCUGUUUAUCUUGAGCCAACAAAAAGUAAGAACUGUACAGCAUACGAAAAAAACCAAUGAGGAUUGACCGAGGAUGAAUAUAAACAUUUUACAAUUUGCUUUUCUAAGAA